GCGAACCGGAACGUUUCGUGCGUUCUUCAGAAUCAGUAGCAGGACAACAGUAUCCAAGGAGUGAGUCAACAUCACGAAUAGGUGGGAGUGGAAGAGGUACAAUACGUGAAAGUGGGUCACGUGAAUACACAGCUACCCGAACUACUCGUCAAGUGGUACUGCAGACGACUAUGAUGAAAAAGAAGCAUAUAGUCAAGAGGAUGAAAUUGAUGACGCCGUCUUUGACAGAACCACCUAAGGUAAGUUUGAGAGAAGCUGGAAAGAUACAUUGCCAUCUUUCUACACGACGUGAUUUUGAACCAACGGGAUAUGGACACGGUGGAAUGGAGCGAAGGCGUAAUGAAUUGUCCACUACGACCAGAUCACAUGAGACAACUGUACCUUAUAAUUGA